GAGCGUGUGCUGCCCACCCUCCUAUCCACUUCCUGUGCUUCGCCCUGUCCGUUCACCCACGACCACCGCAGUACCACGGCUAGCAAAAUGAAGACCUUUUACAACGUCUAUGCCAUCUGCGCCUUCGCCGCCAUUGGCGGUGGGCUGUUUGGUUUCGAUAUUUCGUCCAUGUCCGGUGUCCUGGGAACCAACGCGUACAAGAACUACUUCAAUUACCCUUCCGGUACUCGUCAAGGUGGAAUCACUGCCUCGAUGCCUGCUGGCUCUCUGGUUGGAGCUCUGGCCUCUUCCUUUAUUGCAGAUCGCCUCUCUCGGCGGAGUGCUAUCCAGAUCGCUGCUGCAAUCUGGAUUGUUGGCUCCAUCUUCCAAGCUGCAUCUAACGGUGUCGCUCUCUUGUGCUUUGGUCGUGUUGUGUCUGGUAUCUCUAUUGGCAUCGCCUCCGCCAUGGUGCCUGUCUAUCAGUCCGAGAUUGCCCCCAAAGAGAUUCGUGGUCGUGUUGUUUCACUUCAACAAUGGGCAAUCACUUGGGGAAUCUUGAUCCAAUACUUCAUCCAAUACGGUUCGUCUUUCGUCGGUGGCGGCCCAAAAGCCCCCAAUCAAGGCACUGCGGCGUUCCGAAUCCCUUGGGGCAUCCAGGCUAUCCCCGGUGUCAUUCUGCUAGUUGGACUGUUCUUCUUCCCAUACUCCCCCCGAUGGCUUGCUUCCAAAGACCGCUGGGAAGAGGCACUCACCGUGCUUGCCCACCUUCACGGCGGUGGCGACUUGAAUCACCCCAAGGUCCUUGCCGAGUACAAGGAGAUCGAAGAUGCUUUGCGGUUCGAACGCGAAGUUGCCGAGACAUCCUUCGCAGCCCUGGCCAAACCACGCAUCCUCAAGCGCGUCCUUCUUGGAAUGUCUAUCCAGAUGUGGUCGCAGCUCUGCGGAAUGAAUAUAAUGAUGUACUAUGUUGUUUUCAUCAUGCGCGGGGCCGGUAUUGCAGAUGAGCUUCUCACUGCCUCCGUUCAGUACAUCAUAAAUGUUGCUUUGACGCUCCCCGCGAUCAUUUGGUUGGAUAAAGUGGGACGUAGACCGGCUCUUUUGGUUGGCUCCGCGUUGAUGAUGAGCUUUCUCUUCAUAUCCGGUGCUCUCCAGGGUGCAUAUGGCCAUAAGAAUCCUGAUAAGACCGAUAAAGAUAUUUCCUGGGUAAUUGGAAAAGAGCACGCAUCGGUCUCCAAGGCUAUAGUUGCUUGCUCAUAUCUCUUUGUGGCUUCUUUCGCGACGACUUGGGGCCCAACCUCUUGGACAUAUCCCUCUGAGAUAUUCCCUUCAAAAGUUCGUGCGAAGGCUGUGUCACUUUCCACUGCGGCCAACUGGACCUGGAACUGCAUUCUAGCGUUUGCUGUUCCCCCACUUUUGUGGAGCAUCAAUUGGAAGAUGUACAUGAUCUUCGGUGCAUUCAAUGGCGCUGCUCUUGUCCACAUGUUUUUAACCGCUCCUGAGACCAAAGGAAAGACCCUCGAGGAGAUGGACGAUGUCUUCGAUAGCGGUAUUCCCGCCUGGAAGACUCGCGCCACCACCUCACGUCUUGACCAGCUUACUCACGACAUCGAGACUGGCGAGGUCAAGGUUUCACACGGUAAUACGACGACCGUGACUAAGGGUUAG